ACCAAAAGGGUGGAAAGUUCGUAAUCAUCCCUGUUAGCCGGAAAAAUAUCCCAACAGCUGACACUUGAAUGGCAGAAUAAUAAUAGAAACGUUUCGAAAUGCUGUCGGUGAACAACUUUUGCCUAGUUUUCUCAAUUGUUUUAUUUCAAUUAGCUGAAUGUUAUAAGGAAAUACCGAGUUUAGAUGGCAAGACAUUACCGAAGGCAGCAACAUUUCAUUUUCCCGAAUAUGCCUACAAGGAGACCAGCAAAAAUGAAAUCACCUAUCAUGAACUGGAGGUGGCCUGUGAGCAGCAUGCAAAGUGCGUAAACAUGAAUCCAGUUGGAGUCUCCAAAAUCAACUGCAUUAGACGGUGUAUAUCACCAUCGUGCUAUCAUGAUAUUUACGCCUUUAACGAGCUCGAGGAAGGGGAAAUCGAUGUGCGUUUGAAUUCAUUCAAAGGAUGUGUCAUCCAGCGUUUGUAGCAAAAGAAACAGCUCCUGCAGAAUUUAUAUCUAAACGAUUAUCUGCAGGAGAUGCAAUGGAAACUAUCUGAAUAUAUUCGUCAAUGGAUAUCGAUUGUUUGAAAAUGAAAGUAUUUGCAAUUUACUCAAAAUUAUUAACUAUGACUGUUAGAAUAAGAAAUUUUUGGAAAAAUAAUAAUAAAUGUAAUGCAAAUUUA